GACAUUCUCAGACUUCAAAAAUGAUGCGUUUAUGCCACAUUUAAACGAACUGGUGAGUUCGUUCGGAACUCUCAAACAUCUGGAGUAUUUGCACCUAGAAAUAGACAAGUUUGACUCAGUCUUGAAUAUCGAAUGGAAUUUGUUGCUGAAAUCUGUAAGAGAACUCACCAAUCUGAAAACUUUAAAGCUGGUAUUAUCUGCUGCUGUAGAAGGGGAAAUUGCUUUAAGCAACAGGGGAGAGACAACUGACGAUCGGUUUUGUAUGAGAAGCCUUGAAGCCAUAUCUCUGUGUAAGGUAGGGAACACAAGAAAGGUCUCAAUUCAUGGAAAGUUCUGUCCCACCUUGAAAUCUCUUAAGCUUUGUUCUAUGAGAGAUCUAAGUGAAGUGGAUUUAACAGGGGUAACCACACUGCAAUGUCUUGUGCUGUUCCGCUGUAAAAAGUUGACAAAAGUGUUGAGCAAUUAUGUGCCAGAACUUGAAAUGGUCCACAUAAAAUUAUGCCGGACUAUGACAGAGUUGCCAAAUUUUGGGCAUGUCAGUUGUCUCAAGAGGAUCUAUAUUAGCCGCUGUCGGGAUCUACAGGAUAUAUCAGCAAUUGAAAGAUUGAAGGGACUGGAGAGGAUAUGGAUUGCUUAUUGUCCAAAGCUGAAGAGUAUAAAAGCUAUUGAACAAUUGAAGGGGUUGAGAAGAAUCUGGAUUGAGGAAUGUCCACAGCUGGAGGGUGUAAUUUGUUUUAAAGAAUUGAAGGAGUUGAAGAGAAUCUUCAUCGGGGGUUGUCCGAAGCUGCAGAAUAUAAGGGGUAUUGAAGAAUUGAAAGGACUGAAGGAGAUGAUGAUUGCAGUCUGUCCUAUAAUAAGUGUCGUUGAAAGGUUGCAGAGAUUGCCGUCGGGGCUUACAAUUCUAGCAGGGAGAUGGACGCCAGAUCGGGAAGGACUUGACUCCAAAUGGACAUCGCUCAUGUCAGAUCUAAAAAAAUUGGGGACACAUUGUUUCUGUGAAAUAGAUUUCUUUAGUAGGGGACAGGUACAGGAGAAGAUCCAUUCGUUUCAUAAAACCCAGCAUUCGGUCAGUAGAAUCAUCUGUUGCGCUCUCUUUUCGGGGGAUGUUUACAUAGGGAGCGAAAUUUUGAUUAGGAGGUGGUUGGUUGACCUAGGUGAUGAUGGUGCAUUUUUCUCAUUUCGUGAUGGCGGAUGGACGAUAUGUACGUGCGUGGUUAAUGAAGAAAGGCUCUCAAAAUCUGACUCCUGGAUGCCCCUAAUUGAUGUACUAAUAAAAGGGUUUAUAAUGGGAGUGGAGGCAGGUGAAGAAAGGAAAACCAUUCACAUAUUGCAAACCAUAUUUGCUCAACAAUACGUUAACAAUGGCGACUAUUCUAAUGCGGAGUCUCCUGAUGGCGACUACUUUGAUGGCGAGUAUCGAGCUAUGGAUUUUGAUGAUUUGACCGAGUAUGUUGAUGACGAUGAAGAAGAUGGUGGCGAUGAUGAUGAUGAUUAAUGAUAAUGUAACUGAGUUCUAGUUGAAAA